CCCGAUCGCAUGAAGUCCUCCAAAGUCCGACUCAGGAUGCCGCAUAUAUCGGGGUACGCGGGUCUCAGGUGCGCCAUUUGACCAGCUUUCAUACUUCUCUGCUCUCUGCGUCAGUUUUAUUCUUCCGGUGGGUAAACUCGACCCUCCAUUACUCCUGGCGCUGAAGGGGGCUCUAUCUCUCCCUCCCUCCCUCCCUACCCGCCUCGCUCCCUCUUACUCUCUGCCCGUUGAUCGAUCGAUCCAUUAUUGAGAUCUCAUUUUUGGCCAUCGGAAGCUGAUCUCAACCCCUAGGGGUGUUGGCAUAUUGUGGCUCUUCCAAACGUGUUUAAGCUAGCUGCGUUUCUCAGAUUAUCCUUGAAUUAGCAGGGUCUUGGAUGCUUUUUCUCAUAUUCAUUUUUUUUGUACAAAUUGUGUUGAAAUUAGGUGUUUGACUAAGAGGUAAGCUUUUGUGGAGACAAAGGCUGUGUAUAUUUGAUCACGUAAUUAGGGUUUAGCAGAAUGGGUGGCCUUUGUUCGAAGAGAUCUGUAGUAGAUAAAUCCCCUAGUGACAGUACCCUAAAUGUUGACUAUCUCGGAGACAACGACCUCAGUUCAGAUCAAUCUAGUGUGAAGAUUAAGAGCGAGUCCAAUGCUCUUCCUGCUGGUGAAAAGAAGGACAAGUGGUUGUCUCAGCCUCCUCUAUCCUUUUCAGAUCGGUUACUGUCUACUUUUGGGCAAAACCCAAAUGACACUGCUGAUUUAAAGACGCCUCAGAUGUCUAGGGUCCAUUCACAGAAGUUCAGGCUAUCGAAUUCAAAGCCUGCGGCUUCUGCAAAGAAUGGAACUACCAAAGUGGCAGAAGUGAGCUCAAUUUUAGGAAGGGCUAGUACAGUUGGGUUUGGGAAAGCUGUUGAAGUUUUGGAUAAUUUUGGUAGUAGCGUGACAAGUUUGAACCUUAGUGGCAGCUUUGUACCAGGAUCAACAACUAAAGGAGGCAAAAUAUAUAUUUUAGCCUUUGAGGUUGCCAACACAAUAGUUAAAGGUGUCAAUCUUUUGCAAUCUCUUUCAGAUGAAAACAUAAAACACUUGAAGGAGGUGGUGCUUCCUUCAGAAGGUGUGCAACUUUUAGUGUCUAAAGAUAUGGAUGAACUGCUACGGACAGUGGCUUCUGACAAGAGGGAAGAAUUAAACAUAUUUUCAGGAGAGAUAGUUCGCUUUGGAAAUCGGUGUAAAGAUCCUCAGUGGCACAAUCUCGAUCGCUAUUUUGAGAAGCAUGGUUUAGAACGAAUAUUUCAACCACAGUUAAAGCAAGAUGUGGAUACAGUCAUGCAGCAGUUGAUGACAAUGGCUCAGUACACAGCUGAAUUAUAUCAUGAGCUCCAUUCUUCGGAUAGGUUCGAACAAGAUUACAAGAGGAAACUUCAAGAAGAGGAGAAUUUGACGGCAGCUCAGAGAGGAGACAGUCUCCAAAUAUUAAAGCAAGAGCUAAAAAGCCAAAAGAAACAUGUAAAGAGCUUAAAGAAAAAGUCUCUUUGGUCCAGAACUUUGGAAGAGGUCAUGGAGAAACUUGUAGAUGUUGUCGACUUCUUGAAUCUGGAGAUCUAUAAUGUCUUCGGUAGUUCGGAUGGGGAUAAACCAGUGAAAGGAUCUAUUGCUAGUAACCGGAGACUGGGUCCAGCUGGCCUAGCACUGCACUAUGCUAAUAUUAUCACUCAAAUUGACACCCUUGUUUCUCGAUCAAGUUCUGUGCCCCCAAACAUGCGGGACACCUUAUAUCAAGGAUUACCGCCAAGCAUAAAAAAUGCUUUUCGCGCAAAGUUGCACUCUCUUAAGGUUGAUGAAGAGAUAACAGUUUCACAGAUCAAAACUGAGAUGGAUAAAACUCUAAGAUGGCUUGUUCCACUUGCCAAUAACACAACCAAAGCUCAUCAUGGAUUUGGCUGGGUCGGAGAGUGGGCAAACACAGGGACGGAUAUGAAUCGGAAGGCUGGUGGACAGGCCGACUUGAUUAAGAUCGAGACUCUUUAUCAUGCAGAUAAAGUCAAAACUGAAUCAUUCAUACUGGAGCUAAUUGUGUGGCUCCACCACCUCAUAAGUCGAUCAAAACCAGAAAAUGGAAGUUUAAGGUCUCCCAUCAAGUCUCCUAUUCGUUCUCCCACAAAUAAAAGCUUGGCUAUCGAUCCACCUGAAAGCAUGGCCAACACGUCUACUUUACUGUCUACAGAGGAUCAAGAGAUGCUUCGGUAUGUCAACUUCAGGAAGUUAAUCCCUGGUAUCAGCAAAAGCCAGGAGUUUGACACUCACAGGUGUAAGUUAGACAAACAUAGCAGGCUGAGCAAGAGCAACAGUCAUUCACCAACAACUGCAAGCAAGAAAGAACUUUGCACUUUGCGAAGGCCGUCUUUAUUACCUAUUAUCGAUUUUGGUAUUGAUAAGAUGAAAGCUCUUGAUGUAAUUGAUAGAGUGGAUACAUUAAGAAAAUUAUGAGUUGAAUAAAUCAUAGAGAUCAGGGUGACUCCAUCAUAAUGAGCCAGUGUUCUAGGCAAAUUGACUUUCACGGCAGUGUAUAAUCCUUUUUUUUUUUCUUUUUUUUAAAUAGAUGUAUGCCUCUGAGGCGGCCUUGUAAGAUAAAGAAUGAGCUGUGAUGGGUGGUCUUGUAUGUUAUUAUGGGGUUAGAGCUUGGUAUUUGGACAUAUUAUAUGAAGCAUUCUUUGCAACAUAAGAUGAAAAAAAUAAGAGAAAAAAAUUGUUGCAGUCUCAGUUUUUUACUUUUA